AUGAAAGAAAUAACUGGAGGCAUCUACAAGAUCAUGGGGACUGAGCUGCCUUGCAAAGUUCUGACUCCCUCAAACACUCCACCCACCUCAGUUCAUGAGGUGAGGCCAGCUGAUAUCCGCGUGGUGGCAGCACUUGGGGACUCCUUGACGGCGGCAAAUGGUGUUGGGUCUGCACCAUACAACCUGCUAGAUGUCCUGACACAGUACAGAGGCCUGUCAUGGAGUGUUGGCGGAGACAGGAACCUCUCUACUGUCACCACACUUCCUAACAUCCUACGAGAGUUUAACCCUGCAUUGCUAGGGUUUUCAGAGGGUAAAGGCACACAAAGCACCCCACAAGCUUUCCUGAACCAGGCCAUAGCAGGGGCGAAAAGCAGUGACAUGCUGAAACAAGCUAAAGCCCUGGUGAACAGGAUGAAGAAUGACUCUCGCAUAAACUUCUAUUCUGACUGGAAGGUGAUCACCAUGUUUGUUGGAGGCAAUGAUCUCUGUGACUCCUGCCAAAACACUCUACAUUACUCUGCUGAAAACUUUGUGAAGCACAUCCAACAGGCUCUCGACUACCUCUACCAAGAGAUUCCACGGGCUAUUGUUAAUCUGAUGGAGCCGAUUCAUAUUACUCCGCUAAGAGAACUGCACCAAGAUUCCACUCUAAAAUGUCCCACAUGGCUUGUGCGCAUCCUUUGUCCCUGUGUUAUUUUACCAAAACCUGAUUCAAAAGCACUUCAGGAUCUGAAUGAGUUGAACAGAGCCUAUCAGAGAGGACUUGUGGACUUGGUGGAAUCAGGCCGCUAUGACUCACACUCCAACUUCACUGUUGUGUUGCAGCCUUUCCUCCGUGAUAUAACAUUGCCCCUCAUGAAUGGGCAUCCCGACCGCUCAUUCUUCUCUCCAGAUUGUUUUCAUCUCAGUCAGAAAGCUCACACAAUAAUGGCUCGUGGACUAUGGAACAAUAUGCUGGAACCUCUAGGUAACAAGACCAAAUCCCAAGAUUUUUCUGCAGAUGUCUUUGUUAAAUGUCCAUCAGAGGCCACUCCCUUUGUUCACACCUAUGAUAACAGCAAUUAUACUUAUUCAAAGCCAACACCAACACCACCACCCAUUCUGAAUUGGGGUAGUGACUUCUCCUGCAUGGACACUGCACCAUCCAGUAGUGUUCCCACUUCAGUUCAUAAGUUGCGGCCUGCUGACAUCAAGGUGGUGGCGGCGCUUGGGGACUCUAUGACUACUGGUCUUGGAGCAAAGUCACAACACUACUUUCAACUCAGUACAGAAUAUAAAGGGGUUUCCUGGAGUAUUGGGGGCGAUAUGUCUUUAAACACCACUACAACUCUGCCCAACAUCCUGAGGAAGUUUAACCCAUCUCUUCAGGGCAUAUCCAAGGGCCAGGGCUUACUAGCACAGAAGGGCUUCAACAUGGCUAUGUCUGGUGCCAAAUCCCUUGAUCUUCCAGGGCAAGUCAGCGCACUUAUUCAGGCUUUACAGUCCAGUCAGACUGUGAAUUUCCAAAUAGACUGGAAACUAAUUACCUUGCUUAUUGGUGGCAAUGAUAUAUGCCAAUAUUGUUUGGACCAGAAUAACCUCUCACCACAAAACUACAGGCAUCAUUUAACGGAGGCCCUGGAUCUACUUUAUAAAGAGGUACCUCGGGUCCUGGUGAACAUUAUUGCUGUUCCACAGAUCAAUGGGUUGAGGAAGCUCAAGAGCAGCUCUUUACCCUGCAACAUGAUUCCCAGACAGAAGUGUCCAUGCCUUAUAAUCCCAGAUGACAACUCUUUGGAGCUGACAAAGCUAAAGCUAAUUAAUCUUGAAUAUCAGACUGUGACAGAGCAGCUGAUAUCUAGUGGACGUUAUGAUGGCCGUGAAGAUUUUACAGUUGUGCUUCAGCCUUAUCUUCAAAACACAGUAUUGCCUCUCUCUAAAUAGACUGUUUG